GCAUAUUGGUAGAAUGUGGGUACUCUCUAGCAAUUGUGAAAAGCUGCGCAAUUUCCUUUCACUUUUGCUUUAAAUUUGCUUGAUUAAGUAACAACUGAAAAUUUAAGAUUUCUAAAGAGGUUUUCUGGUUUAAAAUAUCGCCAACUAAUAUAAAAAUGUUUGUACUUCUUCGGAAUACCUAUACUCAGUGCUCUCGUUUGGGAAUUAUAAACAAAUUCACUUGCAGAACUAAUCUAAAUUGUUCUGUUCCUCCUAAAAGGACUGUAUCAAUUAUUGGUGGGUCUGCAGUCAUAAAUCAGAGAAGUUUCUCAGAUAAACCACACAACCAAAAAACUACAGAUAGUUUACUGCAAGAAAAGAUGGAAAACAAAACUGAAAAAAUUAAUGUAAAUAAGGAAGAGUUAAAGAAACGUCUAACGCCACUACAGUAUCAAGUGACGCAAGAAGCAGCUACAGAGCGACCAUUUACAGGUUGUUAUAACAAGCACUAUGAAAAGGGCGUAUACCGUUGCAUAGUUUGCCAGCAAGAUCUCUUUAGCUCGGAUAGAAAGUAUGAUUCAGGUUGUGGAUGGCCCGCAUUCAAUGAUGUGCUUGAUAAGGGCAAAAUAACCCUGCAUCGUGAUGCUAGUAUUCCAGUAGUAAUUUCGAAAAUGUUAGGCAUGGUGCGAACUGAGGUGCGCUGCUCCAAAUGCUCCGCGCAUAUGGGACACGUUUUCGAUGAUGGCCCGCCACCAAAGAAUCUACGCUACUGCAUCAAUUCGGCGUCGAUUGAUUUUGUACCGCUAAAGCCCAACAGCAACAUUGCCUCUGGUUCACCUUCCACAACUGCUUCUCUCUCAAAAGGGCAUGUGAAAAAAUAAUUAUCUGUUUACGUUUACAUUUUGUUUUCAUAAUCUAAACAAGCAAAUUUGUUUAUUCCUAUUUAGUACAUACACAAAAAUGGUACAUAUUGUUAUUUAUAGAAGAAACUAAUAUUAAAUUGUAUUGUUAUGUAUAACAAUUUAAAAGAGCGAAUGUAUUUUUGAUAGAAAAUGUAAUGUGGAUCAUGAUAAAUUUGCCUUGGGUAUAUAGUUAAUGAACAUACACAUAUUCACUAUAAUGUAUUUCUUUUAGAAAUUCGAUAUUUUCGUAUGAAUUGUCAUAAAUGGAUAUUUAUAUUGGUGACAUUUUUCUUCAGAGAGGUAAAAUAUAUUCUACCAGAGAGAUAUUUGGAUUUAAUUUCUCUUGACUAUGACGUUUUUCAUAAUUUUUAUUUACAUAUACAUACAUACAUGCACUUAUGGGUACAUAAAUUCAUUUAAACAUUGACUAAUUCAUAUACAUACAUAUAUGGUUUAAAAUUAACGCUUGCUGGUGUUUUUAUUUUAGUUUGCUUGUAAACUAUUUGUUGACUUGAUCCAUGUGGUUAUAAAUUGUGGCAAGCGUAGAGAAAUUAAAAAAUCUCGAUAAUUUCGAUUUCGAUUGGUGGCAAGGUUGCGAUUUUUUUUAAGUGAAAAUAUUAAUAUUUUGAUGGUUUUAAGUUUACCGACCAGUGCUCUAGAGUAUUGAAGAUGAUGUAUCUGUGCGAGCUCUAGUUAAAAAUGGUUAAUUCUAACACAAUUUAGUUUUUAACUAAUUAAAUGCUUGGGAUUAAAGUUUUUUGCGAUCAAUUUUGUUUUGUAUAAAUUGUUUUCUUUAAACUGUAUUUGGAGUUAAAAAUUAUCUUUAAUUAAGAUUUUCUCGCUUACAAAAUAAAAGAAAAUUUUAAUUCAAAUGUUAAUUCAAUUAUAGUUUUUUAUUUCAAUGCAUUAUUUGCAGUCUUACUUGGUGGAACUUCUUUCUUUUUAUGCUUUCCGCAAAAUUUUUCUUAGUACAAAUUAAAUGCAGAGAUCGAGUCGCGAUAAAGUUUGUUAGUUUCGUGCACGAACGCUUUAGAAAGCAAAUAUACUACAUUCUAUGCCUAUAACUUCAAUUACGUUAUAAUAAAUCGCACUACGAGUGCAUCAAAUACUUUGUAUCCUGAUAUGUUCGGCCACCAAAUAUAAAUAGACUAUAGUAUUAUUUCUUUUGUUUAUAUUUAUUUUUUUUUUUAAUUUUCAAAUUCAUGUCUGUACCAAAUGCUGCUUAUCAAUAUGUUAUUAAAAACAUUGUUUUAAAACUAAAAUUAUAUACAGUUGUUUAUAUAUGAAAUUUUGACUUUGAAAAUAAUAAAUUUUUUUCGUAUAUUUUUUCUAUUUCUCCCUUUUUCGCUUUUUAUACAUGUGCCUGUACGGGGGUCUGAAAAAUUUACACUCAUUACAACACAUAAUUAUAAAAUAAACGCAUUAAUGUUUGCUAAUACAUAAUUAUAUCGAAUAAUGCACAAUCGCAUAUUAAAAUCUAUUGCAUACGUCAUUCAUAAAAUAAUUGAUAUGUCAUAAUAUACAUAUCGUUUUUUUUUGUGUUUUCAAAACUUGUUAAACGAUGCUAAUACUUAUCAUAAUUUUAUAUACAACAAAUUAACUGUAAUCAAAAAUAAUAAACUGACAUUCUACGUAACUCAUUCAAUGCACAAACAUUUACUGAGUUAAUUUUACUCUUUGCUGAUUUUCUAUUUAAUAAUGCAAUUUGCAUUUAUCGUUUACCCUAAUCAUUUCUCUUCAUUCUUCUAUCAUCGCUUCGUUGUUAUUUUUAUUUCUACUUAUUUUGCUGUCUAUUUUCACUCUCAUCGAUUAUUUUUUACCAAUGCAUUUCAUAUUCUGCUAUACUAUUGCACUAUUCAUUUGUUCAACGUUUGUUUUUGUAUGUGUCAACAUUUUCCGUUAAUUGUUUUAUUUCUAUUAUUAUUAUUAUUUUUUUUUUAAUACAAUAAAAUAUUUGUCCUUCGUGUCCUCUCAAAUAAAAUUAUUAAAAUCAAAUAAUAAUAUGGCUCUAUCAAAAACAACAAAACCUUAAACCCAAAUUUAAUUUACACCAAUUGCAAAUUAACUGAAAAAUGCAAAAUUCAACUUGAAUAAUCGUAAAAUACAUCUCUAUGGAUUGUGCAUAAUUAACAUCCUUUGUAUUUUUUACCUGCCCAUCACCAAAUAUAAUAUGUAAUGUAUACAAAAUAAUAUGCUGUAUUUAUAUACAUACUAUUUAUAAAUAUAAAUGCGUACAUAUAACCCA